AUGCUUGUCCAGGCGAGCGAACAGCGGCGGGUCAUGGUACGCAAUUUGGAAAUCGUGUGGCAGAUGCAAGACUUUGACCACCGAUGCUGUCUGGGAGAUUGGAUGCAGGACCCGUUGGACCUCGACCGCGGUGAAUUCAAGGGGACAUCCGUUAACACCAGCGACGGGUUCAGAGAACGAAUCAAGCUGUGUCAAGGGCCACUGGUGGCCAGAGAAAUCGUCCAAGGUCACCUGAGCAAUCGUCGUGGCAAGCUAGCCGCCGGUGGUAGGUUUGAUUACCUCCGAUUGAUCUACCUUGCCAUAGUUACGCCCGCCAGUCACUUCGCCAAGAAGGCCGGGAUGUAG